CCAAGGAGACGGCUGAGGCAGAAAGCUUGUUUUAACGGUUACACAUUAAAUGUACUUUUUACGUUACUGUAGCAUCCGACAUUAUGAACUCAUCGGCGAAUGAAGUGUUUUAUUUCACUUUUCCACGUAACAAAUAGCUAGUUAGACUAUAUUUUUUUUUGUUAGAGCCUGUUAAAUUCCUUCAAAGUAAAAGUUGCCAACAGUAGCCAGUUAGCUAAGAUGCCUGCUGAGUUAAAACAGAGGAAGAAGUCACAGAAACAAAGUGAUGAAGGGUCCGAAACGUCGGCUUCAAAUGUCAAAGAUGAAACGCUAAAGGUGAAGACAGACGGUGGAAACAACACAGGAACGAAUAAAACGUCCUCUGGUUUGGAUAUUAGAGGCUUAAUGUGCUUAUUGUCGCUUGUAGCUUGCGGGGCUCUCAGUUGGAUGGUGCUGCAACAGAACGAGAGGUUUACUGAAAUUGAGGAGAAGUACAGAUCUUUACACGUAAAGACUUCAAGCCUGUUCGACAUGGAGGAAGAAGUCCUGAAAGUUUCCAAAAAGCUUGCCGCCUCUGAGGACGACCUACAGGAGGCGCUCUCCACCGUCUCCUUGGCAACGCGACUCCAGCAGGAGAUCUCCACCCUCCACACUGCCGUGAUGGGGAUGCAAGCUGGUGAGAACUCCGCCUCCCGUGACCUGCAGGCUGUUAACGGCCACUUCCUCAACGUGACGGAGACGUGGCAGGAGCGUCUAGCUGCCAUCAACUCCGACCUGUCUGCCCUGAAGGCUGAGUCACGGGAAGCUCACGCCACAGCCACAGAGCGGGUUAACGAGGCCGAGCAGAGAGCCCGGGCGCUGACGGAGAAGCUGGAGGAGCUCGAGGCCAGCACAAAGAGGAACGCCCGAGCUAUGGAGCGCACAGAGGAAGACGAUACCAAGCGGGCGCAGGAUCAUCUGGACUGGAACACCAAGCAGAUCCAAGCCCUGGAGCAGCAGGUCAGCACCCUGAGCAAAAGAGAGGCGGAGCUCAGCUCUCAGCUCCAGGAGCACAUUCCCCGAGCGCUUGAGUGUGAAGAGCACCUGCCCCAGGUGGAGGAGGCGGUGCGCUCCAUCCUGAAGCUGGCGGGUGAUCUGAACGGGGCAGAGAAACGUCUGGAAGAGGUGACGCUGCAGGUGUUUGGGACUGAAGACAGCAUGCUGAAAGCACUCAGUGAAAUCCUUGAGAUCAGGCAGGAGCUGGACACCCUGCAGGCUCAAAACAGCAUCCUGAAGAUGAAGAAUGAGUUGUCCGUGGUUAAAGAGGCAGUCCGUGAACUCACCAUGGUGCUGAGGGGAGACACUGUCGACAGCCUAAAGGACUCUGAUGCUGUGGAGGAAGAGGAAUGGAAAUACGAUGAGAUGGAGGAGGAUGAGGAGUGGGAAAAAGACGACAUAGAUGAGACAACUCAAACUCCACUCGAUGACCUCACUGAAUGAUGUCAUUGUUUUGAGUCAACGAGGGAAAAGAAGUGGCCCUGUCAGACUAUUGCUGUAAAAGGCUGUCAUAGUUCGGUUAUGUUUCUCAAAAUGUGCACCUCAUUUUAGAGCUACAGCUGGUAACUUGUCCCUUGCCGACACUGUCACUAGAUUCUGAACAGUAUGUACAGUAUAGUACAGAGACAGUGUGAAAUAAAUCAUGGUCUUCUCCCCUCCUACUGCCUCUAACUCGCUAGAAUCAGCAGCAUGGUCAGCAACAACCAGUCAGAACUGAGGAGUCUCUAACACAGCUGUCAAUCAUGUCAGUCACUCCUUCUGUGGAGGUCACAACAACAAGUUUACAGU